AUGAACGUCAGUGCGUUUGCGGUAACUUGUACGAUUAUCACUCGUGAUUGUUCCGUUUCGUGGUUUCUCGCGCUGUUGAUUUUUAACAAAACCAUACAAGAUGUCGUUCGAGGAGCCGCUGAUAGUUGAAGCGGUGUACUUGUACGAGAAGGAGAAUGCCGAGACCCAUCGCACCUUCAACUUCGAGAUGGUCCACCAGAAUCCGGCGAUUCCCGUCCUCCGACGAGGCCAGCCCUUCCACAUGGCACUGCGAUUCAAUCGCGAGUACGUGGACGAAACCGACAUCGUCCGGCUGCUCUUCAGCUUCGGUCCGAAUCCGAACGUGCUGCGGGGUACCAGAGGGGUGAACACGAUCACCAACAGGGAGGCCUAUUUGACCGAUCUGGAGGCUUGGGGCGUUCGCAUGGUCGGCGCUAACGGGAUGGAUCUGUCCGUCGAGGUCAGAAGUCCGAUCGACAGUCCCGUCGGAGUGUGGCAAUUGAACGUGGAGACCAAUACCCUCGGCAGAAGGAGGACGCCGAAUACUUACAACUACGAUAAAGAUAUCUACUUGCUCUUCAAUCCAUGGAUGAAAGAGGAUUUGGUGUACAUGGAGGACGAGACACUGCUCGACGAGUACAUUCUCAAUGACGUGGGAAAGAUAUGGGUUGGUCCAUGGGGUAGUUCCCGCGGUAGAGAAUGGGUCUUUGGGCAGUUCGACGCGUGUGUGCUACCAGCUUGCCAAUUAUUGCUCGAGAGAUCCGGUAUCAAGGCGAUUUCCAGGGGCGAUCCGGUCAAAAUGACUCGGGCAAUUUCGAGGAUCGUAAACUCUAACGACGAUAAGGGUGUGAUAACUGGCCGCUGGGACGGCGAGUACAGCGACGGCACCGCGCCGGCCGCCUGGACCGGAAGCGUGCCCAUCCUCGAGCAAUUCUGGGAGACCGGCAACGAGGUGAAUUACGGUCAGUGCUGGGUCUUCGCCGGUGUCGUCACCACGAUAUGUCGCGCCCUGGGAAUCCCGUCGAGAGUGGUGUCGAAUCUGGUGUCGGCCCACGACGCCAAUGCCUCGCUGUCGGUGGACCGUUACUACGAUCUGAACAACGAGGAGCUCGAGUACGACCCGAACAACCCCAUGGGCGAGGACUCCAUCUGGAACUACCACGUGUGGAACGACGUGUGGAUGGCGAGGCCAGACCUUCCCAAGGGUUACGGCGGCUGGCAGGCCAUCGACGCCACUCCUCAGGAACAGUCCGACAGCUUUUAUCAGUGCGGACCGGCGUCGGUGGAGGCCAUCAAGGAGGGCGCCGUCGGUUACAACUACGACGUGACCUUUAUGGUGGCGUCCGUGAACGCGGAUCUGAUGAGAUGGAAGGAGGACCCGGAGAGCGAUCUGGGAUAUUCCAAGAUCGAUUGCAACAAGUAUCACGUCGGCCGUAUGAUUUUAACGAAGGCGCCAUGGAUCUUCGAUCCUAACGGAGACAAAGAUAGGCAGGACAUAACGUCGCUCUAUAAAGCCAAGGAAGGCACCGAGGUCGAGAGGCUGACCUUGUACAGGGCGGUGCGCAGUACCGAGAUGGCGAAGAGAUUCUACUCGCUGCCGUCGCCGGGCAAAGAGGACGUCGAGUUCGAUCUUAUCGAGCUCGAACGCGUCAACAUCGGCGAGCCGUUCGCCGUGACCGUGAAUAUCAAUAACAAGUCCGACGAGACGCGCACCAUUCAGGCUAUCCUGUCAGCCGGCAGCAUUUACUAUAACGGAGUUAAGGCGAACCUGGUGAAGAGAGCGUCCGGCGACUUUGUGCUUCAACCAAAUGCCACGGAACAAUUAAGGCUCACCGUGUCGGUAAACGAUUACCUAGACAAGCUGGUGGAGUAUUCCAUUAUGAAGCUAUACUGUAUCGCUACAGUCAAGGAAACCCGACAAACUUGGGCAGAUGAGGAUGAUUUUCAAGUUUUAAAACCGAAUAUCAUUGUUAAGAUUGAAGGUGAACCAGUAGUUGGACAACCCUCGACCAUCACGUUGAGCUUCAAGAACCCUUUGAAGAAGACCUUGACCAAUUGUCAGUUCAACUAUGCCGGGCCCGGUCUCUCCAGGAACAAGACUUUGGCCUUCCGGGACGUUGGGCCAGAGGAGGACGUUUACGUGGAACACCAGCUCGUGCCGCAAAAGCCUGGAGAACAAAAGAUAAUCGCCACUUUCACCUCGAAAGAAAUAGUCGACAUCACCGGUUGCGCAACCGUCGACGUCCUCGAGGCCGAAUGAAUGGCUACGUGAUGAUUCGAGUUCAGCUUCGAUCUUAAUUCAAACCGAUCGUUAUGCUAAGAAUGUCAGGUGCAUUUGGCUGAAUCAUCUGAUUAUAGCGUGAUAACGUAAAUACUUUGGUUUUAUCCGAGAGAUAUAUUAUUUGCAAAAUCGUUGCAUUACUCACAGUAAUCUCUCGUGAACAAUUUAUAUUCAAACAUCCAUUUAUUUUAAUUUAUAUUCAAUUCGAAUAUUAUAUUGUAGUAUUAUUACUUCAAUAAUAUAUAUGUAUAAUAAUGGACUUCGAUAAAAAGAUGGUGCGUAAAUUAAUUGA